CCUUUCCGGAUGAGGGGUGACGCUGCUGCGCAGUAGCGGUGUACGGGCAUGCUGAUGAAACGCUGUGACUGUCUGCAUUUACGGGCUGAGGCCAUUCACGUCGUUUAAUUUCAUUAACGAUUACAUUAAAAACAUUGCUGAUACACUACGCGUUCAACCGCCGUCUAAUAAUCCAGCGUACACAGUCUGCAGCAUCACUGAGAGCGAAGCAUGCCGGCACUAAGCUGUAGGUUUUACCAGCACAAGUUCCCGGAGGUGGAGGAUGUGGUGAUGGUGAACGUGCGCUCCAUCGCGGAGAUGGGCGCCUACGUCAGCCUGCUGGAGUACAACAACAUCGAGGGCAUGAUCCUGCUGAGCGAGCUGUCCAGGAGGCGCAUCCGCUCCAUCAACAAGCUCAUUCGCAUCGGCCGCAACGAGUGCGUGGUGGUCAUCCGAGUGGACAAAGAGAAAGGUUAUAUUGAUUUAUCUAAAAGAAGAGUUUCUCCAGAAGAAGCAAUCAAGUGUGAAGACAAAUUUACAAAAUCCAAGACUGUUUACAGCAUCCUGCGCCACGUUGCAGAGGUCCUGGAGUACACGAAGGAUGAGCAGCUGGAGAGCCUGUUCCAGAGGACAGCCUGGGUCUUUGAUGAGAAGUACAAGAGGCCAGGAUACGGAGCCUACGAUGCCUUCAAGCAGGCCGUCUCAGACCCAGCCAUUCUAGAUUGCCUUGACUUGACCGAGGAAGAAAAGAAUGUACUAAUUGAUAACAUCAACAGGCGGCUCACUCCCCAGGCAGUCAAAAUCAGAGCAGAUAUUGAGGUUGCCUGCUAUGGAUAUGAAGGAAUCGAUGCAGUUAAAGAGGCUUUGAGAGCCGGGCUGAGCUGCUCCACAGAGGCCAUGCCUAUUAAGAUCAACCUGAUCGCUCCCCCCCGGUACGUCAUGACCACCAUGACUCUGGAGAGGACCGAGGGCUUGUCCGUCCUCAACCAGGCCAUGUCUGCCAUCAAGGAGAAGAUCGAGGAGAAGAGGGGCGUCUUCAACAUCCAGAUGGAGGCCAAGGUGGUGACGGACACUGACGAGACGGAGCUGGCCCGGCAGCUGGAGCGGCUGGAGAGGGAGAACGCGGAGGUCGACGGGGACGAUGAUGCAGAAGAGAUGGAGGCUAAAGCUGAGGAUUAAACCCCUUCACACAAGGAGACCCCAACCAGACCGACACACAACACAGACUGAACCCAGUAUUGAAUUCAUCCCAGAGUACUUCAGCUGAGAGUAUUCAAAAUACCAAUGCGUAAAAAACAAAAAUAAACUGUUUAAUAACCUAGGAUUUUAUUGCCGUGACACUGGCGGCAGUGCGCUUCCUGAUUCAGACCCUUUCUAAAGAAGUUCUUCUUAUUCUGCUGUUGAUGUUGAAUUAUCAGGGGAGGGAGAGGCUGGGGAUUACAUUUCAGUCUGUCAGGAUUCAGUGCUUCAAUAUUCAUGAAGUGCUUUGCAGAGAGAUGUUAUUGCAGCAGAGUUGUCUUCUGAUUGAAUACCUAUUAAACUAAUAAAGCUCUGGUACAUUUCAUUAAAAUAAGUUGACUGAGUGUGGAAUUGUCAAAUAACCAGCAAACAGGCAUCUAUGAGUUUGUUUUUGGAAAGGUGGCAUUUUAACAUUUGUAUUUUUUGUACUUUGGUAUCCUGUACAACAGAUAAUUUAUUUAUUAUUGUUAUUACUACUAAUAAUAGUAAUUUAUUUUUAUCAUAAUCUGCAAUACUCAAAUCUGUAUUUAAGAGAACAGGUGGCUCCCAUAUGUACAUUUUAUCAAACAAACAUUUUUGCAUACACAGCAAUUCAUUUUAAAAGCUUAACUAAAUGGCCUGCAAUUGCUUAUAAUCUGGAGCGUUUAAUAGUUCUGGAUGAAAUAUGGAGCUGGAUGCAUAAUAAAGUGUAUGUAUGUCACA